CCCUGCCCCUUCACCCCCAGCCCAACGGUAUAUAAAAGUUUGCAAAUUUCAUUUUUCACAUUCCCGCCCUAAUUCUCUGUAAUAUUGUAGCACAUUAUCAGCAUCUUCCUGUUGUAUUUUCGCAACGUAAGAGAAGGAAAGACAAAGAAUACCAGUCCUCAAAAGAAUGGCUCUCUAUCCAACAGGUUGUAAUGAUUUGGAAAAACUGGACAGUACAGCUGAGAAUGUAACAGAAGUGCCUCAGGAGCACAUGGCUCUCUGCCCUAAAGGCUCUUAUGAUGGGCUGCAAGAGGAGGGUGCAAUUAAAGGUGUAACCACCACAACCGUCGACAUGGGGCCCGCAGAUCCUCCUCCUAGAGACUACAUAAUCUGGUCCCUCUUCACUAUGAUGUACCUGAACAUCUGCUGCAUGUUGGGAAUACUGCCUGUGGCAUUCUCUAUAAAGUCUAGAGAUCGUAAAAAUAUUGGCGACAUGGAUGGAGCUCGCCAGUAUGGUGAAACUGCAAAGUACUUGAAUAUCACUGCUCUUCUUCUUCUUCUCACUAUUCCUGUGAUUGUUUUAAUUGUUAUUUUUACCACAAAAUAGCAGCAAUAAAAACAAGUGUGUGUGCGUGUCUGUAUUCAUCUUAUCUACACUUACUAUCGCAGUCUACUUGCUGAUCUGUGAAAAUAUAUAGAAUGCAGCCUUAAGAAGAAACCCAGUAAAUAUGGACUAGCUUUAUGUGUUCAUUCAUCGUAUUGUACAGACUAAUGCUUUUCUGUAAGUGUGACACGGGUAACAGUAAGCAUUUUCUUAGAGGCCAUGUAAAAUUGCACUGUCUUUGGAAUUUUUAUAAAGAUUGUUAGCGAAGACAUUGAUAUAUAAAUGUGUUAUAAACAUCCUUGAGGUUUAUACAGUAUUAUUUUCUGUACACAAAAUAAUAUUGCUUUGGAAAAUCAGUUUUAAAGAGGAAGAGCAUUUAAACAAAUUGAGCCAAACUUUCCAUUGUUUAUGGAGUAUUUAAUCAUUAAAAAAAAUUACUCUAAAAAUCAUUCGACUUUAUCUAUAUUGAAAUGGUGAGGGCCGUGUGCUUGUCUUACUUUCAUGGUGCUUAAUGUAGAAUCUUUUUUGUUUGAUCCUGCUGAGAAUGAAGUGUGACCAUUUCAAGUAGAUGAAAAAAAAAGUGUAACCUUUAUCGUAGAAAAGGAAAACACUGAAUAAACUACAUUGUUCCUUGAAUGAUAACUUCAUGGUUACUAAGAUCUUGUCCUUACAGCUCCAGAAUUUGGGUGUUCAGUGUCUUUGUGUUGUCACUGUAUCUGAUUGGCUUUUCUUUGGUACUCUAGUUUCCUCAU